UCUAUAACCCACAGGAAGCCCACACCACCGCACCAUAUAUUUCCUCACACUACAAAUCAUUUCUAUGUAUUUAUUUAUUGGUAGUCACCUCGGAAAGCGAGUUCGGAGGAAGGAUAAUAGUGAAAAGUCCCAGUAUGGCGGAGUAGUGGAACGCGUCUUCGGGAGUGACAAAAUGGCGACUUGUCCGAGGCCGCCGACACGUCCCUCGUCCUAGGCGGCGGGGAUGAAGAGCAGGGCCGGCGGAGCAGUGGUCAAGAGUAGUGGCGAGUAGAGGUCAAGAUGGCGAGUAACAUGUACCGCGUGGGAGACUAUGUAUAUUUUGAAACAUCAUCCACAUCACCAUAUCAAAUUAGAAGAAUAGAGGAGCUAAAUAAGACGCCCAACGGGAACGUGGAAGCUAAGGUGAUGUGUUUCUACAGGCGUCGGGACAUCUCCUCGUCCCUUAUCAUGCUGGCGGACAAACACCAGAAUGGGCACGGAGGGACCUGGGACCUGUGCGGGGGCCUCAAGAAGCUGUUAAAGUCCCAGGACACCCAAGGAACCCCCCUGAUUGAAGGUGUCACCUCAGAGGCCUCACAGCAAGGUGCCUUAGAGGAGGAUGAGAGUGACAGCGAUGGCGGGGAGGUGGGUGGCGGGGCGUCCAUCAUCACACCCACCGGGGAGAGCCUCAGCCCCCAGGAGAGGCACCAGUUGAGGCACCGGGAGCUCUUCCUCUCAUGCAGUCGAGACCUUACUGCACUCCACAUUAGGGGCAAGUGCACCGUUACCCUGCUCAACGAGACCGAGCUGCUCCUCGCCUACCUGAACAAGGACGACACCUUCUUUUACUCGCUAGUCUAUGACCCCCAGCAGAAGACCUUACUAGCUGACAAGGGAGAGAUAAGAGUUGGGUCAAGAUUUCAGGCAGAUAUUACCUCACUGAUGAAAGAAGGAGAGACUGAUGGCCGUAACCUAGAGGAGUUGGAGAGUUUGGUGUGGACUCCUUGCCACGGCCUCACAGACAGACAGAUCGACCAGUUUCUUGUCAUGUCACGCUCAGUGGGGACCUUUGCCCGGGCCCUCGACUGCUCCUCCUCUGUUAAACAGCCGUCGCUUCACAUGAGUGCCGCUGCUGCCUCCAGAGAUGUCACCUUGUUCCAUGCCAUGGACACCUUACACAAACACAAUUACGACAUCAGCAAGGCGCUGUGUUCGCUCAUACCCGCCACGGGGCCGGUGCUGUGCCGGGACGAGAUGGAGGAGUGGUCCGCCUCGGAGGCAAACCUCUUUGAAGAAGCGUUGGAGAAGUACGGCAAGGACUUCAACGACAUCAGACAAGAUUUCCUGCCAUGGAAAACGCUGAAAAACAUCAUUGAGUAUUACUACAUGUGGAAGACGACUGACAGAUACGUUCAGCAGAAGAGAGUGAAGGCAGUGGAGGCUGAGUCCAAGCUUAAGCAGGUCUACAUUCCUAACUACAACAAGCCAAACCCUGCUGCACUCUCCAACGGCAAGACCUCCACCACCACGACCACCACAACCACCACCUCCACCUCCUCCGUCUCCUCCACCUCCUCCACCAUGGUCAACGGGGCGGACGUCUCUGUGUCCGGGAAGGCCUGCGAGUCUUGCCACGCCACCAGCAGCAGUCAGUGGUAUGCCUGGGGGCCAUCCCACCUACAGUGCAGGCUCUGUAACUCCUGCUGGCAGUAUUGGAAGAAGUUUGGGGGCCUGAAGCUGCCGUCACGCAUCGGCAAGGAGGAAGAGAGCGAAUUGGAAGAAGGACUCCCUCCAUCCAAGCGACAGAAGGAUAUAGAGGGCGGCGACUCUAUACACCUGAAUCAGCUAGGGGUGGUGCCUCCGCCUGGGCUGACAGUUACUCCAGUGGGUGUCAAUGGGGGUCCCGGGGUGCCCACGCCUCCCCUGGGAGCCCCCAACACACCGAGUCGGGCCAAGAUAGCCACAGUGUCCCGCGUGGGGGGCCGUCCCCGCAUCAUCUCAUGGAUGGACGCCCCUGAUGAUGUGUACUUCUAUGCCACCGACACUACCAAGAAGCUGCGUAAGAGUCUCACCACCAACGACCUGAAGCGGGCAGCGCGCCGGCCCUGGAAAAAGAUCCAGGACGAUACAGCUGUGGUGGCAGCAGCAGCAGCGGUGGCGAUGGCUGUGGCGGCCCCGACCGUGGCCAGCCCCCAGUUUGUUGAAUGAUGCCAGAAGGCCGAGACCACUGCCCCGGUGUCCCCAUCCAGGUGCCCCGAGUCCACCAGCUGAGCCCUGCCCCCGUGAUGGCUGGCAGGGAGGUGCUGAGCCUCCCCGGCUGGGAGGGCGGAGUGGGGUUCGCAGGAGCACCGCUGCCUGGACUGAGAGGCUGAGUGGUGACAGGCUUGUGAGGGGCCUGGGCACUUGUGCAGUGGAACUCUUCUGAUGAAAGAAUCAAAGUUCAAAAUCCUCUUGUAUGUCUUAUAAGAGGCAGUGUGUGCUGGAGGCUCUGAGGCUCCAGCAGGAGAAAGGAUCUGUAGACUAGUGAGCUCGGCUGGCCCACAAGACCCAGCUGUCUGCCCCGAGGGGCGGCCGCAGACAUGAUCUGAGUACACUGCCGCAGGUUGUUGAAGGUGAGGAGCGCGAACCGCGGCCAGGAGGACCAAGGCUGAAAAGCACGAGGUUAUUUAUAGAAUUUUGGAAGCAAAAUUACUGUUAAACUAAGUGCUUUUAGUGAGACUGUUGAAAAAUGAAUUUUGUAAGUAAUGCUGGUUGACGUGUAAUUAACCGUUGAGGACUGUACAGAAAUGGCCAAGGUCGGCAUCACAUGACAGACAGUGCAGAUGUGGGAGAGAGAAAUAGAUGGCAAGUGCGUGUGCAGGCGAGGUGAGGGCUAGCCUUGGUGCUGGCGCUGGUCACUGACCCCCAUCACCACCACCCAAAGUUCAAAGUGAAAUAACAUCUAGAACAACAGCAACAGCAAAACCAACAACAGCAUAAAAGAAUUACCUAAAGAUUCAGCACCCAGACUAUUUUUUAUCCAGACUUUGUGUACAUAUGGUUGCAGCAUGUUCAUCCAAAAAUUUUCAGUGACGCGUAGUGAUAUUAGCCAUAAUUUGUGUACUUUGUAUUCUGUCCAAUUUGACAACUUUCCGCACGGUUAAAGUUUCCGUUCUGAUAAUUUUUCUACAUCUUUGGAGUGUGUUCCCCCACCCUCACCCCCAUCAUCCCCCAUCUAGACCUGUUCUCAAAAUUGUGGAGGAACUUGUGUCCCCAGCAGAGAGGCUCCUCCAGAUGCCCGUCAACCAAGCAAAUUGUAUCCGUCACCACAUCAACCUUAGUUCUGUCUCUAUCAUCUUCCUCUCCCCAUUUGUCGUCAGCCAUCAACUUCAUUAAAAAUUUGAUAACUUGUCUCAUUACGUUCUCUUCUUCCCUCCCUCACCUCUUUCCCCCACACAAGUAAUUCUUCGUUGGGUUCCUCAAGAGUACUCUCGCUGUCUGUCUUCACCUGGCGGGAGCCCGAGCUGACAGCCACCAACCACCUCCUCUCUCCUUUUGCCUCAUUGAGAGGACACCAUUAUCAUCAUCAUCUGCUCACCAUUCCCAUCAUCACUGUUUAGUUAUUUUUAUUAUUAUUAUUAAAAAAUUCCUCCUGA